AACAGAAGUGAAAGACUGUGGCUUUCAACUUACCCAUAAAGCUAGUCAGACUCGGCCAUUGUCCCAUUACCGUAACUAUCAAUACCGUAGAAACCGACGGCUGUUCCAUUCUUGUCCGGUGCCAAGAAAUUUCUCCGGGCUAAGUGGGGAUUCCGGAACCUGACUUCUCUUGUUUCCUUAACGCCUAAGUUCCCACUUCCCCUUCUCAACUGAUCAAGUCAAUUUCCUGUAAAAAUCCAGGUUUUUAUUCACUUAUCCUGGAAAGUACGCUGCUCUUCUAAAUCUUGAAAAUUCCCUAUUUUUAAUUAUAAGGUCAUAAGUCUUGGACUUUGCUUCUUUGUGUUUUUUUCUUUCCCUUUCUUCAUGUACUGUUAGAGUUUACUUAGAAUUCUGUGUUGUUACUGUAUUUCUCAUGGUGGGUUGUUUUUCCUGGGCUAAUUCUUGGCACCAAAUUACUACAGAGAUUGCUUUUAUUUUCCUUGGUUUUUCACUCUUAUUACAUUCACUAGAGUUGCAUUUCUGUGGGGAUCUUGAGCGCUUCAAAUUCUAAUGGUUUCCCGUACAAUUCCUUCAUGGACCUUAUUUGGUCUUAUAAGAGCUUUUCUUGACGUUGCUGUAGCUUAUUUCCUUCUAUGUGGAUCAACCUUAGGGUUUUUUGCUUGGAAAUUUUAUCAUGUUUUUGGACUUUAUUACUUGCCUUGUCCUUGUACUGGGUUUUUUGGGUACCAAAAUAGCAACCUCUGCUGGCAUAAGCUGCUCAUUGAAUGGCCGGCAAGAAAGAUCUAUUCUGUUCAAAAGUUGGCUUUGAAUAGGUUCCCUUUUAACCUAGUUUGGUUCAAUGAUCAAGAGUGCAAUUUGAAUGCCAAGUACAUUAAAGAUAGAAAAUUUGGCAAUGGGGUUAUUGAAUCGGAUGGUGAAGCAUGUUCUAGUUCACCUUCAGGUUUAAGAUUGCGAACUAUGGUGGAUAAAGAGAGUGGAUAUGAUGCCAAGGGAAAAAAAAUUAUAAAUCAGAAGCAGAAAUCUGGAAUUCGGCGAUGUAGGAGAGCUGCUUUUGGUUAUGGAAAAUCUUCUCCAGUUUUGUUGUCUGGUAAUUUCUCAUCAGCUGUUGCUGGUGUUUCAUGUUCCUCUUAUAAUGGCGGUGAAACGAGGAGCGAAAUUAGUGAACAUUUGGGUCCAGUUAGUGAAAUAGACGAUAGUUUUCCUGAUAAUAAAAAUAAUCAAACUGGCACUGAUGGGGGUGACGGAACCUGGCAUGGUUUUGAAUUUAGCAAUGGAGAGGAAAAAGUUUCAACUUCUAUGAAAAAAAUCAAUUGUAACACCAACGGAAAAUUGGGGAUUACUGGAGAUGAAGCAAAUCGGAUCAGAAUGUUGGAACAAGCUCUUGAGGAAGAAAAGGCUGCAUAUGCUGCUCUAUACCUGGAGUUGGAGAAAGAAAGGGCUGCUGCUGCUACUGCUGCUGAUGAAGCCAUGGCAAUGAUUUUGCGUCUACAAGAGGAUAAGGCAUCAAUAGAAAUGGAAGCAAUGCAAUAUCAAAGGAUGAUAGAAGAAAAAUUUGCUUAUGAUGAAGAAGAGAUGAACAUUCUAAAAGAGAUCCUUGUUAGGAGGGAGAAGGAGAAUCACCUUUUGGAGAAAGAAGUUGAAGCUUACAGGCAGAUGAAUAUUCUAGAAGAUUUGCAGCAGGAGCAUGACUUGAGUUAUAAUUUGAGUAAAGGGCAACAAACGCCUUUGGUCUCAGUUGGUUUAGAUGAAGAUCCACUGCUAAUGAUGAAUCAGAUGGGGAAUAGUGGAUACACUAGAAAGAAGGAAGUGGGCAAAGGUUCUAGUUGGCCUUCAAAAAAUGAGGUUCCAUCAGCUGGAAAACGAAGUCAUACUGUGGCUGUCAAUUUAGCAGGGAAAGGAAAGGCACAAGUUGAUGAUGCCAUAGUAUGCCAAGCAAUAGCAACCAAAGCAGCCCAAAAUGUCUGUAGCAUUGAGAAAACUUCUUUAAGUGAAGAAGGGCUUGAGAGUAAUGCAGAACUUGGGGAUCAACUAGGAAGCAAUCUGCACAAUUCCACACUUGAUAUGGAACCAGAUAUAUAUGAUGUCCAUGUUGUUGAUGAUACACUAGACAUUCCUAGGGAGGAGAAUAUAAAAGAAAGCACAUUGCCAACUUUUUCUGCUUCAGAUCACAAAAACUCGCUAUGUGACUCAGGGAGGAGUUCUUUCUGUGCAGUCAGUAAUGAAAGGUUGGAGAUUGAUGCUGAAAUUGAAUGCCUUAGAGGAAGGCUACAAGUAGUGCAAGGGGAAAAAGAGAAGCUGACUUUCUCUGCAGAUCAGAGGGAAAGGUUAGAUACCCAGUUAAAACUCAUUGAGGAGAUGGUAAACCAGCUUCGAGAAUUUCAGCAGCUAAAGGAGCCUGUUCAACAGAGCUCUGUACCUCCUUUGGCUUCAUCUUCUAAGGUCAGCUCAAAUCGGAGAUGCUGCCGAAGUGCAUCAGAUGAAAUGGAUGGUAGUGCCUAAGCCAUGUGCAGUUAGUUAACAAACAUGUUUCCUUUCCUUUGUGCACUGGGUAUGUGUCCAGUCCCGUUUUAGAUAGAAAUUUUGUUGAUAAAAAUCUGUAAAGUCCAUACAAGUUAGUUGCCUGUUGAAAAACUGUAAGUAAAGCUUUUAAUAUGUUAGUCUCAGUUAAAUAAAUUAGAGUAGCUUCAAAGUUGUCUCUAGGCGUCGGUCCAAUUUUUGGUCGCCCUAUAAAUAUAUAAUGAAAUGAUCAAAGCAAACUUUGAUCACUUAUUUAUCA